AUGGCUGUCUACCUCCUCGACUUCCUUUCGGUGAAAGAGUUGUUGAGGCUCCGCCAGGUGAGCAAAGUAUGGAUGAAGAUGAUCGAUGGGUCGACAAAAUAUCGCAAAGCUGCGUUCCUGGAGGCAGAGGUGCCCGGUGAUCCGAACUUCCGUGCGUCGCUCUUGCAACCUACGAUCGGUUCCAAGACCAGAGAUGAGCAGACGAGCAUUGAUCAGCGCACGGUCAUUCCAAGACAGCUGUUCGCCAUCGACGUACCGAUGCGCAGCGUGCGCGUCAAUCCACUUCUCUUCCUCACCACGCACAACCAGGAGACCGACACUCUCAUACCUCUUCUGCCCUUGCAGAGCUACGGCAGUUCUUUCAUGAACGACAAGUCCACCUGCAUGGACAUGUUCCUGACACAACCUCCAAUCAAGGAAGUCCGGGUCGAGGUCCGAGACAGUGCGGUCCCCGUGUUCGGCUUCCCGAGACUUGGAGGGUCUCGCCGUAGACAAGUUCGCCACCGCAACGAUGGCGAGGAAUUCACUACCUCGCCACCGACCGCGAUGGAUUGCGCUUUCGAGACCUCCACGAACACUUCAGCUGCUCCACCGAUGCGACAGGUGACCUCCAACCCUGUCCCAUAUCGAGGCAGAACGGCUACAUUCCACGAUGCAGAGUGA